AUGACAAAUAAUAUAAAUGAUUCUUCAUUUAUAUCUCGAGAUUAUUUGAAUGUUAAUGUGGGAAAACGAGUAAGAAUGGAAUGUGAAUUAAAUAAUUCAAUAAUAAAUGGGAAUAGAAAAGGUUUAUGGUUACGUUUAGAAGAUGCUGAAGUAUAUUUUUAUUCAAGAAUUCGUAUUAAUUCUGAUGAACGUUUUCAUAUAGAAGAAGGAAAAAUAUUUCAUAUGAUAAAUAAUACAUCAUCAUAUUAUAUAAUAACAUAUUCAUUGAUUAUUGAUGAUGUACAGUUAUCUGAUAGUGGAACAUAUUCAUGUCAACAAGAUAAUAAUAUUAUUAAAUUAUUUAUAUUAAAUAUUGUUGAACGACCUUAUUUUAUAACACAUGAAUAUUCAACAAUAUUACGAACACAAGUUGGAAAAAAUAUUUCGAUUAUUUGUGAAGCACAAGGAAAACCAAAACCAUAUAUUAACUGGAUUAAAAAAAUGAAUGAAAAUAAACAAAAAAUGAUGAUUAAUUGUUCAAUAACAUCUAAUAUUUGUCAAUUAAAUCUUGUUAAUGUAAAUCGUUAUCAUAAUGGAAUAUAUGAAUGUGUUGCUACAAAUAUUCUUGGAACAAUUGGACGAUUUUAUGAAAUUGAUGUACAAUUUCCACCAAAUGUUUCUAUAUUAAGAGAAAAAUCUUCUUAUUUAAUUGGUGAUACUCUUCUAUUAGAAUGUUUUAUUGAUACUAAUCCAGAAUCAGAUAUACAAUGGUUACAUAGAUAUACUCAGGAUAUAAAUAAAGAUAUUGAUUUAUCUAGACUAUUUUAUAAAGAAUAUUUUGAUAAUAAUCAUUAUAAAAUAGAUAAUGAUAUUUGGUACAUUAAACAAGAACAGUUAAAUGCAACCAGAUGGAAAACAACUCUUUUUAUUAAACGUAUUCCAAGACGUUUAUUUAAUACAACAUUUAUUUGUCGUGCAAUAAAUUCUCAUGGUGAAAAUGAAGAAAUGAUAAAAAUUAUUGAAAAAGAUGAUUUAUCAAAAGAUAAUUAUCAUCGAAUAUCAAUAAAACCAAUUAUUUCUAGAUCUAAUUUAUCAUUUUAUCCAAAUGAAAGAUCUUUAUCAAAUACAACACAAAUAUUAGAAAUGACAAAUUAUAUUAAUAAUCAAUCAAAAAAUAAUUUUAACAUAUUUAUAUUAUUUAUUUAUUUGAGUAUUAUAUUCAUUUCUAUCAUUAUUUAA